AUGGUAGAGCGGGAAGGGAAGCAGAUCCCCAUAUAUUUCAUCAGCAGAACACUAAAAGGUCCCGAGGAACGCUACAUGCCCCUGGAGAAGCUGGCAUUAACCCUUGUUUUCGCAUCUCGGAGACUCAGGAGGUACUUCCAAGGACACAAGAUUGUCCUGAUGACUGAUCAACCUCUCCAAAAGGUACUCAGGAGGCCGGAGCUGUCACGGCGGUUGGCUAAAUGGGUUGUGGAACUGGGAGAACACUCUUUGGGGUUCAAGCCCCGGACAGCCAUGAAGGGGCAGAUACUGGCCGACUUUUUAGCAGAAGUCUCUGAGGAUGAAGAGAGGGAACUCUUAAAAUGGGAAGCCCUGGAGAAAAAAGAAAGAGAAAAGGAAGACGGGGCAGUGUGGAAAUUACUCACUGACGGAGCCUCUAGUGAAGAAGGGAGCGGGGCAGGUAUCACACUGAUAAGCCCCGAAGGGAUUGAGCUGACAUACGCCAUAAGGAUGGACUUCGAAAACACCAACAACACUGCAGAAUAUGAAGUCCUCCUGGCAGGAAUGAGGCUGGCACAAAAAAUGAAAGCAAGGCAUGUGGAAGCUAACACUGACUCACAACUAGUAGUAAAACAGUACCAAGGAGAAUAUGAAGUCAAGGACAACAUCAUGGCUCAAUACGUGGCAAAAGUGAAAGAAACAGCCAAGGCAUUCAAGACUUUCAAACUAGAAUACAUCCCCCGAGGACAGAACAGAAAAUCUGAUGCCCUCAGUAAAUUGGCCUCGGUGGCAUUCGACCACCUGGCAAGAGAAGUCAAAGUAGAGGUCCUGAAUGCCUCCUCCCUCAACAUGAAGGAGGUAACCGCAAUCGAGAAUAUGCACGAAACAUGGAUGACCCCGAUCCUGAAGUUCCUCAAGGACAGGACGUUACCUGAGGGAGACUGGGCAGCCAGAAAGGUGAGGGUCAAGGCCCUACAGUAUGAACUGAUUGACGGAGAAUUGUAUCGAAGGUCAUAUCUGGGCCCAUCCCUGAAAUGUGUUGAUAUGGAAGAGGCUGAGUAUGUGAUUAGGGAGAUGCAUGAAGGGAUUUGUGGAAUGCAUUCGAGGCCAAGAACGAUAAUAACAAGGGCAAUGAAUGCAGGGUUUUAUUGGCCACGAAUGUAUGAAACAGCAUCCGAGGAGAUCAAGAAGUGUGAUAACUGCCAAGUACAUGCACCAAUGACCCACUGA